GGCUAAAUACAGAUGUGGAGUUGGAUCUUAACGACUGGAAACGGGCAGAUAUGAGCAUUUGCCGGAACAAGAAAUAUGUGCUCCAUCAGAUAGCUAUGCUGAUUCUGCUGAUUUGUGCCAGCUUCUUGCAACUGAGCCUUGCGUCUCGAGUGUCGACUUCAAAUCCGAAACAUGGAAACGAUUUGUCUGCUUAUAUGAAACUGAAGUCAUGUUGUGAAAGCAAUGAAUUCAUGUGUAGAAAGGGGCUGUCCAAAAAUAAGCGACAAAUAAUUCCAAACUCCAUGGUAUGCGACGGAACAAAUCAAUGCCCACACGGGGAAGAUGAAAUCUGCACUAAAUGUGCCUUUCCUCCGUCCAUACCGUUUGGGCAUGUCAGCAUCAACGUAACCAUAUUCACCGUGGGCUCCACUGUGUUCUACAACUGUGACGAAGGCUACAUACGAGUUGGAAACGAGUUUGCCUCCUGCCAGACAGACGGUUCAUGGACAGAUCAACCAGAGUGUAAACUGCUGUGCAGUGAGAUGCUACCGAUUGCCUCGAACGCCAUACCACAGUCAGCGCAGCCCCCGUACAGGAACGGAGCAGUAGUCAUCUACGCAUGUCUACCAGGCUUCAGUAGGACCCAUGGGAACGACAACGCUAUCACGUGUAUGCCCGAUGGAUCGUGGGAAGGGGCUCCGGCCUGUAUACCUAUGUGUACCACCCCUCCUGCGAUCCCGAAUGGAUCUCCAGAACAAAUGGACACCACGUUCCCUAAGGGAGCGUCUGUAAACUAUGUGUGUGAAGAAAACCACGCCAUCAUAGGACCGACCAAUGUCAUCUGCCAGGCUGGUGGUGUGUGGACUGCGUUACCCGAGUGCAAAAGAUUAUGUUUGGACGCUGAUAUUCCAAUGUUUCCGAACUCGAUGCCUUUAUUUGGUUCCCCACCCUUUGUCGCCGGAAGCACCAUCAUUUAUGAAUGUGUUGGAACAACAGCAUUGACCUCAAGCAAUAUAGCUGUGUGCUUGCCAAGCGGUGUCUGGGAUGGUGCUGUUACUUGCGUCCUAACGUGCGAGCCUCCUCUUCCUAUUACGUAUGGCUUCAUUUUCUCCGUUCCGGAAGUCGUAACAUUUGGUAGCUUUGUGACGUAUGCAUGCCAUGAAGGGUUCGUCUUAAUCGGGCCAGAAAUAUCUGCGUGCACUGACCAAGGAUGGAGCCAACCUCCAAUAUGCAUUCCAGCGUGCCCAUCUAUGCUUCCGGUUUUCGAACACGCCUUUCCUUUAGCAAUCAGAGAUCCUCCAUAUAUGAAUGGAGAUCUUAUUCGGUACGAGUGUGAAGAGUGUUUCGCCCUUGCCCCUGGAUGCGACAACAUCAUUUCAUGUGACCUGGGGGCCUGGAAGAACGAAAUCCAAUGUGUUAGAGAAUGUAUCAACCCGCUCCCCACUAUCCCGAACGCGAUGCCACUUGACGGCUACAGUCCCCCACAUUUGGCAUCUGAUACGGUGGUUUACGAAUGCCAGGAUGGGUUUGUUAUGAACAGCUGUGGGCCGAACUACGUCACCUGUCAGGCGGAUGGGGAGUGGUCGGAUGGCCCGUCCUGUAUUCCCGACUCGCCUCUGGGGUGUGAAGCUGUCGGAAGCUGUACCGUGCCGAUCUGGGGCGGAGGUAAACAGUGGCGUCUUUGUGAGGGCGGUGGAAACGGCGUCUGUUCCACGACCAAAGGUCGGCUGGAGAUGUUUCAUGCUGAAGAGUGGCGACCUCUCUGCACCGAACUCUGGGAUACAUGGCCGAACCUUCUCGUCGCGUGCAAGAUGUUUGGCUUUCAACAUAGUGUUGCCAUGGCUGAGUUUGGUGGUUACACCGGAGAUCACUGGGUCGAUGACCUGGUGUGUACCGGAAGUGAGGAAAACCUGCUACAGUGCGAAUUUGAUGGUUUUGAUGAAACUUGCGCUGAUGAAAUCGGAAUUAUUUGCACCAACCAGUGCAAAUCUACAAUCUAAUUUAACCGAGUUUAACCAUUGCAUUAAUGAAACAUUUUCCUAUAUACGUACAUGUACUGAAUGUUUU